AUGCUGGCCAGCCUCUGUGGUACAUGGGAUCUCGUCAGUAAUGUCAACCUUGAAGGAUACAUGAUUGCUCUGGGUAUAGGUGCCUAUGUGCGAAAGAUUGCUCUAAAGCUGAAGCAGAGGAAGGUGAUCGAGCAGCAGGGGGACCACUUCAUCAUCAAAACCACCAGUACCUUCCGAAACUACACCGUCACCUUCAGGGUGGGUCAGGAGUUUGAGGAGUUUACUCAGGGACUGGACAACAGGCAUGUGAAGUCACUGGUGAAAUGGGAGGGGAAUAAACUGGUGUGUGAACAGAUCGGAGAGAAGAAGAACCGAGGCUGGACUCAUUGGGUUGAAGAUGAAAAGCUACAUCUGGCGCUGUACUGUGAGGGAGAAGUCUGCAAACAAGUUUUCAAGAAGAACCUAAAUGAGUGA